UUGGAACUUUAGUUGGGCUUUGAGCGAUCUGUCUAGUUCAAUUCUCAGCAUACACGGCCGUCACUGACCUCUCCCCAGUCCCAACUCCCUUCUUCCUCUUGACAAAUUCGUCUCCGUCACGGCCACACCAUACCACCCCACUGUUCUUUUUCUCUGCGCCACCACUACUUCUGCAUCUAGCUUGAGACUUGAAGACUGAAGAGGGAGGAGGAACCUCAAGAGUCAGGACCUGCAAUGGAGGCGCCGUCUUUUUCUUCUUCUUCAUCGUCCCACUUGCUAGCUUUUCGAUCUUCAUCAACUUAUUCUCGUAUAUUUCUUCGCUCCAAUACUCGAAAUAAUCACCUAAAUUUCAAAUCUUCCAGAAACUUCUCAGUCCGGGCCUCCUCCAAUGGACAUUCUGUUGUGACUCUUCUCGACUAUGGUGCUGGAAAUGUUCGGAGUGUGAGAAAUGCUAUUCGCUACCUUGGUUUCGACAUCAAAGAUGUAAAAUCUCCAGAAGACAUACUCAAUGCGGAUCGCCUAAUAUUUCCUGGUGUGGGAGCUUUCUCUCCGGCUAUGGAUGUGCUGAACAAAAAUGGGAUGGGUGAAGCACUUCGUACUUAUAUUGAGAACGACCGGCCGUUCCUUGGCAUUUGCCUUGGACUUCAGCUACUUUUUGAGUCCAGUGAGGAGAAUGGGCCAGUAAAUGGUCUUGGCUUGAUUCCGGGUGUGGUCCAGCGAUUUGAUUCAUCAAAUGGUUUCAGAGUUCCCCACAUUGGCUGGAAUGCUUUGCAGAUUCAAAAAGACUCUGAAAUUCUUGAUGAUGUUGGAGAUCACCAUGUUUAUUUUGUUCAUUCUUACAGAGCCAUGCCAUCAGAUAAAAACAAAGAUUGGAUUUCAUCUACCUGCAACUAUGGUCAUGAUUUCAUAGCAUCUGUCAGAAGGGGAAAUGUGCAUGCGGUUCAAUUCCAUCCAGAAAAAAGUGGAGAUGUUGGUCUUUCUGUAUUAAGAAGGUUUUUGCAACCUAAGUCAACUGUGACAAAGAAGCCUACUGAGGGUAAAGCUUUGAAACUUGCAAAAAGGGUAAUUGCUUGUCUAGAUGUAAGGUCAAAUGACAAGGGAGAUCUUGUUGUAACCAAGGGAGACCAGUACGAUGUAAGAGAGCAUACAAAAGAGAAUGAGGUGAGAAACCUGGGAAAGCCAAUUGAGCUGGCUGGACAAUACUACAAAGAUGGUGCUGAUGAGGUUACUUUCCUAAAUAUAACCGGUUUCCGCGACUUCCCAUUGGGAGACUUGCCAAUGUUGCAGGUAUUGAGAUGCACAUCAGAAAAUGUCUUUGUUCCUUUAACAGUUGGAGGAGGAAUUAGAGAUUUUACUGACGUAAAUGGAAGGCACUAUUCUAGCUUGGAAGUUGCUUCAGAAUAUUUUAGAUCUGGUGCUGACAAGAUUUCCAUUGGAAGUGAUGCUGUUUAUGCUGCAGAAGAGUACAUAAAAACGGGAGUAAAAACUGGGAAAAGCAGUUUGGAGCAGAUAUCUAAAGUUUAUGGAAAUCAAGCUGUGGUUGUAAGCAUUGAUCCUCGUAGAGUGUACAUCAAUGAUCCUAAUGAUGUGGAGUUUAAAACUGUAAAAGUGACAAACACAGGUCCAAAAGGUGAAAAAUUUGCAUGGUAUCAGUGUACGGUUAGUGGGGGGCGGGAAGGUCGACCAAUUGGAGCUUAUGAGCUUGCAAAAGCUGUUGAGGAACUCGGAGCUGGAGAGAUACUACUAAAUUGCAUUGAUUGCGAUGGUCAAGGGAAUGGUUUUGAUAUAGAUCUAAUAAAGUUAAUAUCAGAUGCCGUGAGCAUUCCUGUGAUAGCUAGUAGCGGUGCUGGUUCUGCCGAACACUUCAGGGAGGUGUUCACAGAAACAAAUGCGUCGGCGGCCCUUGCUGCUGGCAUUUUUCAUCGGAAGGAGGUACCUAUUCAAUCUGUUAAAGAACAUUUGUUGAAGAAAGGUAUAGAAGUCAGAAUCUAAUUAAUCUAUUCAUUGCUGAGAAGCUUCAACAUGUCGGGCUAUAGAGGAUUUGAAUUUUUCAAUACCGAGUAAGAUGUAGUAUGUGGCUUAAAUUCUUUGCCCCCAACAUGUGCGUACCAUAUAUUUAUUUCUAGCAAUUUUAAUCUGUGAAACUCGUGGAACUGUUGUAGUAGUUUAUUUAAUUUCAUGUUUAUUUUUCUUAGUA